AUGUACAGUAUAAAUGUCAGUAAUAGCAACGAUCAGAAUACUACUAAUACUAUAGUAGAUGUAAGUAAUACAUUAUCUAUUCAAGUUAAUGAACUAUAUUAUGAUGGGAAGUAUCCUAAUCUACCGUCUACUGAAUACACAUCAUCAUCAUCUUCAUCUUCUUCGGGAUCAUCGUUGUCAUCAUCAACAUCAUUAUCACUGACAACAGCAUCAUCGACUUCAACAACAACAACAACAACAAUAAUAAUAAAUGAAUCCAAUUAUAUUUCAUAUGCUACUAGUAGUCUUCAUCAAUCUCGUCCAAGUUUAAAUUAUACUUAUGAACAACAAUAUUAUGUAAAUGAUAAUCAUGAAGAAUUUGAUAAUAAACAUCAUAAUUACUAUCAACAACAUCAUCAUUAUACACCAAUCAUUUCAACUGUACAUACUACUAAUAACAAUGAUAAAACUAAUAGUAGUAGUCUAUAUAUUUCCACUACUACAACUUCUAAUGAUAAUAAUCAUAAUCAUAAUGGUUUUUUUAAUGAAAUACAAAUUAUAUGCAUUUGUGAAACAUUACAACAACGUGGUGAUAUUGACCGAUUGGAAUUAUUUUUACAAACAUUACCUAAAUGGAAUAUACAAUUACAUAAUUUAGAAUGUAUACAAGUUGCUAAAGCACUGAUUGCAUUUCAUCAUGAACAAUAUACUCAAUUAUAUCAUAUAUUAGAAAAUUGUAAUUUCUCACCUAUCUAUCAUUCUAGAUUACAAAAUUUAUGGUUACGUGCACAUUAUGCAGAAGAAGAAAAAAUUAAAGGUAGAAUAUUAGGCGCUGUAGCUAAAUAUCGUAUAAGACGUAAAUUUCCAUUACCACAUACAAUAUGGGAUGGUGAAGAGACAAGUUAUUGUUUUAAAGAAAAAUCUAGAAAUCUUUUACGUGAAUGGUAUCAUCAAAAUCCAUAUCCAUCACCACGUGAUAAAAGACAAUUAGCUGAAAUUACUGGAUUAACUAUAACUCAAGUAUCAAAUUGGUUUAAAAAUCGUCGACAACGUGAUCGUGCUACUGAUGUACUUAUAACUACAACAACAACAACAACUGUGACAACUACGACAACAAUGUCUAAAACACCAGUUAUGUCACCAAUAUCGGUUAAAACAAUGAUGACAUUGUUACCAACAGUUGUAUCUAUGUCAAAUGAUUCACCAACUUAUCAGUUGUCGACAAUAACAACAAAUGGAAUUACUCAAUCGGAUAUCAUCAAUGAAAAUUCAGAUAUUUUACCAAUGAAUGAGUUGAAUACACAAUAUAAUAAAAUAAACAAUUUUUACACUCCUCCUCCUCCUCCUACUACUACUACUACUACUACUACUACUACUACUACUACUACUACUACUACUACUACUACUACUACUACUACUACUACUACUACUACUACUACUACUGCUGCUGCUGCUGCUGCUGCUGCUGCUGCUGCUGCUGCUGCUGCUGCUGCUGCUGCUGCUGCUGCUGCUGCUGCUGCUGCUGCUGCUGCUGCUGCUGCUGCUGCUGCUGCUGCUGCUGCUGCUGCUGCUGCUGCUGCUGCUGCUGCUGCUGCUGCUGCUGCUGCUGCUGCUGCUGCUGCUGCUGCUGCUGCUGCUGCUGCUGCUGCUGCUGCUGCUGCUGCUGCUGCUGCUGCUGCUGCUGCUGCUGCUGCUGCUGCUGCUGCUGCUGCUGCUGCUGCUGCUGCUGCUGCUGCUGCUGCUGCUGCUGCUGCUGCUGCUGCUGCUGCUGCUGCUGCUGCUGCUGCUGCUGCUGCUGCUGCUGCUGCUGCUGCUGCUGCUGCUGCUGCUGCUGCUGCUGCUGCUGCUGCUGCUGCUGCUGCUGCUGCUGCUGCUGCUGCUGCUGCUGCUGCUGCUGCUGCUGCUGCUGCUGCUGCUGCUGCUGCUGCUGCUGCUGCUGCUGCUGCUGCUGCUGCUGCUGCUGCUGCUGCUGCUGCUGCUGCUGCUGCUGCUGCUGCUGCUGCUGCUGCUGCUGCUGCUGCUGCUGCUGCUGCUGCUGCUGCUGCUGCUGCUGCUGCUGCUGCUGCUGCUGCUGCUGCUGCUGCUGCUGCUGCUGCUGCUGCUGCUGCUGCUGCUGCUGCUGCUGCUGCUGCUGCUGCUGCUGCUGCUGCUGCUGCUGCUGCUGCUGCUGCUGCUGCUGCUGCUGCUGCUGCUACUGCUGCUGCUGCUACUACUACUACUACUACUACUACUACUACUACUACUACUACUACUACUACUACUACUACUACUACUACUACUACUACUACUACUACUACUACUACUACUACUACUACUAGUAAUGAUAUUAAUGCUCACUUACAAAGAAUAAACCUAUACACUUGGCUUUAA